AUGCAGCAGCAGACUUCCACAGUUUUGUUUUGUCAGUCAUACUCUUCCCAGCAAGAGCAACAACAGCAGAUGCAGCUUAUUGAUGAGGUGAAUUCAGUCAGUAAUAAUGGCAACAUCAUCAAAAAUAUACACAAUAUACCACCCCUAAACGCCAUAAGCUCGCCCAUUAAGGAGCCAGACCCUAAGAAUCUUAUUGUUAACUACAUCCCGACAUGUGUUACAGAUGACACACUACGGGAACUUUUCAGUCGAUUUGGGACGUUGGUUUCCGCUCGUGUCAUUGUGAAUCGUAACACAAAGCACCCAAAGGGAUACGGCUUCGUGAAGUAUACUACCGAGGAGGCCGCCAAGAUGGCUAUGGUGGCCAUGAACGGCUAUGAAAUCGAGAAUAAGCGGCUGCGGGUGAUGCAGGCAAACGGACCACAAAAUCGCAAUUUAACCCAGAAUUUGGAUACACCGACUCACACAUCCCCUCCCAGCUUCACCUACCCGCACCUGUGCACGCCCACGGCGGUCCAGGCUACCACAAGCGGGUUGUCGGCCCUUUCCACCGCGCUGCCGGUGUCCCCGCUGGGCGGUGAGACCGAGUUCGUCCCCACCCCGCACUUCUUCCAGCCCACCCUCCUCGGCCAGCCCUGCGCGAUGCUCGGCUCGGGGGGGGCGAUCUACCUCCCGGCGCCGACCAACCUGCCCACCGUCAUGCUCGCCCCGGCGAACCCGCCAUCACCCCCGCCUCUGCAACCCCCGCCGCUGCAGCCCCCGACGACCUACCCCGCCUACUUCCCGGGCCAGGGGGGGGUCUUCCUGCUCGAGCUCGACGCACCGGGCCCGGGCUACACCGCGGGGUCGGACCCCGGCGCCUCCCUCUCCCCGGUCCGGCCUUUCCUUGCGAAGACCGCCCCCACCCGCAGCACGGCCGCAGUGGGGCCCUGGGCGGCGGCCUCAGCGUCGCACACGAAUUGA